UGAAGGCGCAGGCGCGCACUUGUCAACAAAUUGAUCCGCCGGCAAUCAAGUCCACCGCUCAAAACCCCCCCACAAUCAUAACCACCGCAGCUGCAAUCAACAACCGUUCAGAUCUUCCUGAACAUCAGGUGUUGAGUGUUACAGCUAGGUGUCACGCUUUGCCUCUCCAUCCACCUCGUCCAUUCCUUACAAUUUCACCUUAACAAUGAGAGAGGUCAUCAGUUUGAACGUCGGCCAGGCUGGCUGUCAAAUCGCCAACUCGUGCUGGGAGCUUUACUGCUUGGAGCAUGGCAUCCAGCCCGACGGAUAUCUCACAGAGGAACGCAAAGCCGCAGAUCCUGAUCAAGGUUUCAGCACUUUCUUCUCCGAGACAGGAAACGGCAAAUACGUCCCACGAACCAUCUACGCCGAUCUCGAACCGAAUGUUGUCGACGAAGUUCGCACUGGCACGUAUCGAAGCCUGUUUCAUCCAGAGCAGAUGAUCACAGGGAAAGAGGAUGCCUCCAACAACUAUGCUCGAGGGCACUACACCGUUGGAAAAGAGCUCAUCGAUCAGGUGCUUGACAAAGUUCGACGUGUCGCAGACAACUGCAGUGGUCUCCAAGGCUUUCUCGUCUUCCACUCGUUCGGCGGCGGUACUGGUUCUGGUUUUGGCGCCUUGUUGAUGGAACGCCUCUCUGUUGAUUACGGCAAGAAGUGCAAACUCGAGUUCUGCGUUUACCCGGCACCGCAAGUUUCUACCGCUGUUGUCGAACCAUACAACUCCAUCCUCACAACCCAUACUACAUUGGAGCAUUCGGACUGCAGUUUCAUGGUGGACAACGAAGCCAUCUACGACAUCUGCAGACGCAACCUCGGAAUCGAACGUCCCAAUUACGAGAACCUGAACCGUCUCAUCGCACAAGUUGUGUCAUCUAUCACCGCCUCUCUCAGAUUCGACGGCUCUCUCAAUGUCGAUCUUGCAGAAUUCCAAACCAACCUCGUCCCCUACCCACGCAUCCAUUUCCCUCUAGUGGCAUACGCUCCAGUGGUCUCUGCCGCGAAGGCAGGACACGAGGCCCACUCUGUUCAAGAGAUCUCCAUGUCGUGCUUUGAGCCCAACAACCAGAUGGUCAAGUGCGAUCCUCGCAAUGGCAAAUACAUGGCUACUUGCUUGUUGUACCGCGGUGAUGUUGUGCCUAACGAUGUUCACCAAGCUGUCGCCACGCUCAAGACUAAACGUACUAUUCAAUUCGUCGAUUGGUGCCCUACUGGUUUCAAGAUUGGUAUCUGCUACCAACCACCACAGAUGGUGCCGAAUGGAGACCUUGCCAAGGUCAACCGGGCAGUUUGCAUGCUUUCCAACACUACCGCCAUUGCCGAAGCCUGGUCUGCCCUAUCUCACAAGUUCGAUCUGAUGUACUCGAAACGUGCCUUUGUUCACUGGUAUGUUGGUGAGGGUAUGGAAGAGGGAGAGUUUUCUGAAGCUCGUGAGGAUCUUGCUGCUUUGGAGAGAGAUUACGAAGAGGUCGCCAGCGACUCGAUCGAGGAGGGUGAUGGUUCUGAGUUGGAGCAUUAGACACCUUGUUGGAUGCUCGACAUGUCAUUUUCGAAGAGUAUGCGUGGCGUGCAGGAGCCAGGAUCAUUUCAUUGUUGAAUCCUAGAGCAGGAACUCGUCAUCCCUACGUUAAGCACGUCUCUGUGAGACGAACAUAACCCCAUAACAUGAACAUUGCAACCCCUAAAGUGACAACACCGUUGGGAAAGUGAUCAUGCUUUCAAUGAGCCUGUAAUCGGUGUGCUCUAAGGCUACCUACCUAUAUGUAAACAAUGCCACCUUUUCUAAAAAAGGCAUUCUACGGUAAGCUCCACUCGGUGGUUGGACUGUGGCACGUUGGAGCUAUAGGUACCUCACUGCCUGGCAAGCUUUCAGCUUGGCGGGC